CAUGAUAGAAAAAGUUUGGGGACCAGAGACAUAAUCUCAGUGGAUUAUUUUGAUCCGCAUAAUUGAACCCGUUUUGAGUCGUGACGCUUCGCCAGGGGGCGCGCGGGGUCCGUCGUGAUGCUGCACACUGAAGAUGCCGUAGAAGAAGAGUUAGUAUUGUAAACACAAGGAUAUGGCUGACGAGAGGGGUGGAGGUGAAGACAACGUUAACGAUAACAUGGGGAACCAGUUACAGCUUUUACCAGACAAUGAGGAAGAGGAGGAGGAGGAGGAAGAUGACAUGGAGACUGAAGACCGAGACAGUGAGGAGGCAGAGAAGCCCAACACCAUCACCUUUGACCCCAGUCUUCCCACAUCACAUGCAUACCUGGGUUCAGACAUGGAGGAGUUUCACGGCCGUACAGUCCACGAUGAGGACAGCUGUCAGACCAUUCCUGUGCUGCCACAAACAUCUGUGAUGCUGGUGCCAGGUCAGACGCUGCCUCUGCAGCUCUUCAGGCCUCAGGAGGUCAGCAUGAUGCGGAGCAUCAUCCAGAGAGACCGCACCUUUGCAGUGCUCGCACACAGUGAUGCAGGUGAUCCGGAGGCAGAGUUUGGGACGACAGCUGAAAUCUAUGCAUACCGAGAGGAGCAGGAAUAUGGCAUUGAAACUGUCAAAGUGAAAGCUGUGGGGAGGCAGAGAUUCAAGGUCCAUGAGAUAAGAACUCAAGCAGAUGGGAUCAGACAAGCCAAAGUACAGAUCCUUCCCGAACGAAUCCUUCCAGAUCCCCUCUCUGCCGUGCAGCUAACGCCCCUCUCCAGGCUCCACAUGCACCCCUCCUCCAAACCCCCGACUCAGACCUGCAAACAGGCCCAGUGCUGGUGGAAUAACUACCAACAGAGGAAGUUUCACUGUGCCAGCCUGACGCCAUGGCCACCCUGGGUGUACGCACUCUACGACUCUGAGUCACUCAUGAACAGAGUGAAGAAACAGCUCCAUGAAUGGGACGAGAAUCUGAAGGAUGACUCUCUCCCUACGAACGCCGUAGACUUCUCCUACAGAGUGGCGGCCUGUCUGCCCAUAGACGACGCUCUGCGGCUCCAGCUGCUGAAGAUCGGCAGUGCCAUCCAGAGACUUCGCUGUGAGCUGGACAUCAUGGACCGGUGCACAUCACUGUGCUGCAAGCAGUGCCAGGACACAGAAAUCACCACAAAAAAUGAGAUCUUCAGCCUGUCUCUGUACGGCCCCAUGGCUGCAUACGUCAACCCUCACGGUUACGUCCAUGAAACCCUGACUGUCUACAAAGCCAACAACCUCAACCUGGUCGGCAGGCCAUCCACACUGCACAGCUGGUUUCCAGGGUACGCCUGGACAAUUGCUCAGUGCCGGACCUGCGGGUCUCACAUGGGUUGGAAGUUCACAGCCACCAAGAAGGACUUGUCUCCACCUCGUUUCUGGGGUCUGACCCGUUCAGCUAUGCUCCCCCGUAUCCCCCAGGGUGAGCGGGAGGAGGGGAGAGAGGGCUCUCGUCUCUUCUGCCUGUGAUGUCUGACCAUCAUAUCCCCUCGUUGACACCCCCGCAAACCUCCCAAGCCUGGAUCUUUUGGCGCUCUCUCGCUGCGAUUACUUUUAGUAAUCAGUGCAUCACACACCGCCUCUCACCCCUGGCAGCAAAUCCAUCAUAUUAGUGGAAAGGGCAUUCAGCCUUUAAAUGGCACUCUAAGAGCAAAUUAGAACAGGAUGGAGGUAGUGGUUGUUCUUAAAGGUUCUUGAAAUGUGAAGGCAGCAGUUAGAUGACUCGGUGCAUUGUGAUAAAAGUCAGAAAGAAAGAGAGAAUAACAGAUUGAUUCCAUGACAUGUGGUAACAUCCUAGCAUGCUGAUCUGCACCCCUGUCCAGCUGAUUUCUUGGUAGCUGCAGGCACACACAAACACAAGAGCUAUGCUUAAAACAUAAUUUCCCUACAACUCCUUUCCUCUGUAUGAUGGAGAGUGUGACCGCAUGCAGUUGAGAUAGAGAUAUUGUGGGCGAGCAGGCUGAGUUAGCCACUUUAAUCUGUUGUAAAACUAUCCAGUUAACAUAAAAUCACUUAGCAUUCAAAUCCUUUGUGGGUUUCUCAGAUAUGUUUUCUGAUGUAAUUUCAGCUGCCACAGGUCAGUGGACGAAACAGGUUUGAAUUAAUGUGCACUCAUGUAUGUGUAGAUCUGUCACUAUUGGGGAUAUAUUGAAUGUCGGAAUUAAAUUGUAUGUAUUUUUGUAUGCAAGAAAGUAAUUUAACAUACUCAUCCAUGUGUGGAGACAUUGUGCUAUUUAUUAUCACACCAGUUUUUUCUGUAAUAAACAAAAAACUGAGGUGACAAUAACGAUAAUGUGUAAUAUACUCGAUAAAAUCUGUGUCUGUUUUGUAUUGAAUGAAGGCUCAUUGUCAGAUAAUGUGCUUCAUGAAACAAGCUUCAUCUCUGGUUGCACGAGUGGAAAAUUAGAGAUGUCCUGGCGCCUGACUGUUUUUUUUAAAAGGUCAAAGCCAAUUAACACAGAGAGCGAGAGAAGCAUUUACCCUUUAUCAUUUAGUUUGUUCAUGUUGUGUGGCAAGUUAAAAUGCUGUGCCUAUGCCCCAGCUCAGUGUCUUUUGAUCAGUUUGAUGAAUCAGUGAACCGCAGACGUGAAUGAAAGAUGGCAAAGUGAUGAUGAGAUUUAGAUUUAAUUGUUUAAAGGUUUUUAGGAUUUUGUUUGGUUUGUAGUCUUACAGUUUUCAGGAAUUUACUUCUUGCGAUUUUGUUGCAAGGCGCUGGCUCACGUUUGUAUAAAUGUAACUGUAAAUAUGAGGCAGUUAUAGCAUAUGUUGUGUAAUGUGACUGGUGUUCUACUGUUUGUAGAAUCUUAUCUAGAAUAUUAUUUCUCAUAUCUUUUCAUGUCACAGAGAAUUGUUAGGAAAUAAUCUUUUCAUCAGUAAGCAAAGUAUUUGGUCGCAAUAAGAAAUCGUCUCAGAUGUUAAGAUGUUGAUGAAAUGUUUUUUGGAUAUUAUCUUAAAGGACAUUUUGGGAAAUACACUUAUUUGCUUUUUUGCCGAGAGUCAGAGGAGAAGAUUGAUACCACUCUGAUGUGUGUAGGAUAAAGAUUAAGCUACCACCAGCAGCUAAUUAGCUUAGCUUAGCAUAAAGACAGGAAACAGGGGGAAACAGCUAGCCUGGAUUUUUCUGCAGGUAACAAAAUCCACCUACCGGCAGCUCUGAAGCUCACUAAUUAACACAUGAGCACAUGUACCUAGCUAGCAUGUACCUAUUUCUUGGAUGCGGAGACUCCACAACAUUAGUGCUCCCAGUUUUUUCACUUUUAGUUUUUGUACAGAUGAAACAAAUGAAAUAUACUUGUUAAUUAGUGAGCUUUUCGAGGUGCUGGUAGGCGGAUUUUUUUUUUUUUUUUUUUUUUUUUUAACCUUUGGACAAAGCCAGGCUAGCUGUUUCCCCCAUUUUCAGUCUUUAUGCUAAGCUAAGCUAACCGGUUGCUGGAUGUAGCUUCAUAUUUACCGUACAGACAACUUAGUGUAAUUCUCAAAAUGUUGUAACUCUUCAAAGGGUGAUGCCUUUCAAUUUAAAAAAAACCUUACAUGUUAUUCUUGGCCUAAGCACGAUGUCAUAUGGGUGUACAGGUCUGAGUUGUGUUGACACUGACAGUGAGAAAAUAAUUUGACUUGGUGGUUUCAUGCAGAGUUUCUUUUGAAUGAAUCUUUUCAUUUAUCUUCAUAUUCUUGUGGUCUUCCCUUAAAGAAGUACUCCACCGAUUUAGCAUUGCACUCCUUAGCAUUGCCAGACUCAAAAUGGAUAGUUAAAAAAAAAAGUACAAAAAUCGGUGCAGCAGAACCAGACAUAUCAUCUUUUUUCUUCCACACAAUCUUCUCAAGCAGAUAUCAGGAGCGGGCUACAGAGGUCUGGUUACACUUCUUUCUAACUCCACACCCCCAGAUGUUUUUUAUUUUAAAACUUGUAGUCUUCAGCCCCAACUGACAUCACUUGAGUCAAUUUUAUCAGACUUCACACAGCUCCCUCUGGAGCCACAAAAGGCUUUAUACAACUUUUUUCACAUAUGCAGUAGUACGCCCCAACACCUGUAAACAGACUUUGAUGUUGAAAUUCUGUGGAGUUCCCCCUUUAAGAAUCAGAAAAUGUGAGCUUCCUCAGAAAUGUGUCCAUUUUAAAAAAAAAUCACUUUCAAAUUUUAAAUCUUUUACUUAUAAUUCUCUGUUGGACCCUUCAAUAGUUUCAUAUCAUAUCAUGUUUCAUUAAGUAGAGGUUUUCACCAUGAAAAUAAUGUGUAAAAUCUAAAAUCUUGUGUUAUGCGAUUAUAUUCUCUGUCAUAUCGCUGAUUCAGUGUUCGCCAGGCUGUCAGACUUUCAUUCACCCCCCAACAAUAAAAUGGAUGCUUCACUGAAGAAAUCAA